CGUUGUGGGCGUUCUCGGGGAGCAGCUGCCGUCGCCGCCAACGCCACUGCUGCGUUCUGGUGUAGAACCUGGAAUCCCUGCGUCUCGUUAACAAUGAAGCAGAGUUCGAACGUGCCAGCUUUCCUCAGCAAGCUGUGGACGCUUGUGGAGGAAACCCACACCAACGAAUUUAUCACCUGGAGCCAGAAUGGCCAAAGUUUUCUAGUUUUGGAUGAACAAAGAUUUGCAAAGGAAAUUCUUCCCAAAUACUUCAAGCACAAUAACAUGGCAAGCUUUGUGAGGCAACUGAACAUGUAUGGUUUCCGUAAAGUAGUGCAUAUUGACUCUGGAAUUGUAAAACAGGAACGAGAUGGUCCUGUUGAAUUUCAGCAUCCUUACUUCAAACAAGGCCAGGAUGACUUGUUGGAGAACAUUAAAAGGAAGGUUUCAUCUUCAAAACCAGAAGAAAAUAAAAUUCGUCAGGAAGAUUUAACAAAAAUUAUAAGUAGUGCUCAGAAGGUUCAAAUAAAACAAGAAACUAUUGAGUCCAGGCUUUCUGAAUUAAAAAGUGAGAAUGAGUCCCUUUGGAAGGAGGUGUCAGAGUUACGAGCAAAACAUGCACAACAGCAACAAGUUAUUCGAAAGAUUGUCCAGUUUAUUGUUACAUUGGUUCAGAAUAACCAGCUUGUGAGUUUAAAACGUAAAAGGCCUCUACUUCUAAACACUAAUGGAGCCCAAAAGAAGAAUCUGUUUCAGCACAUAGUCAAAGAACCAGCUGAUAAUCACCAUCAUAAAGUUCCACAUAGUAGGACUGAAGGUUUAAAAUCUAGAGAGCGGAUUUCAGAUGAUAUCAUUAUUUAUGAUGUUACCGAUGAUAAUGCAGAUGAAAAUAUUCCUGUUAUUCCAGAAACUAAUGAGGAUGUUAUAUCUGAUCCCUCCAACUGUAGUCAGUACCCUGAUAUUGUCAUUGUUGAAGAUGACAACGAAGAUGAGUAUGCACCUGUCAUUCAGAGUGGAGAUCAGAAUGAACCAGCCAGAGAAACCCUAAGUUCUGGGAGUGAUGGCACUAGCCCUCUCAUGUCUAGUGCCGUCCAGCUCAAUGGUUCUUCCAGUCUGACUGCAGAAGAUCCUGUGACCAUGAUGGAUUCCAUUUUAAAUGAUAACAUCAAUCUUUUGGGAAAGGUGGAGCUGUUGGAUUAUCUUGACAGUAUUGAUUGCAGUUUAGAGGACUUCCAAGCCAUGCUGUCAGGAAGACAGUUUAGCAUAGAUCCAGAUCUCCUGGUUGAUCUUUUCACUAGUUCUGUGCAGAUGAAUCCCACAGAUUACAUCAAUAAUACAAAAUCCGAGAAUAAAGGAUUAGAAGCUACCAAGAACAAUGUAGUUCAGCCAGUCUCGGAAGAGGGAAGAAAAUCUAAACCUAAAACAGAUAAACAGCUUAUCCAGUACACGGCCUUUCCACUUCUUGCAUUCCUGGAUGGGAACCCUGCUUCUACUGUUGAACAGGGAAGCACAGCAUCAUCAGAAGUUAUGUCCUCUGUAGAUAAACCCAUUGAAGUUGAUGAGCUUCUGGAUAGCAGUCUGGACCCAGAACCAACCCAAAGUAAGCUUGUUCGUCUGGAACCAUUGACAGAAGCCGAAGCUAGUGAAGCCACACUGUUCUAUUUAUGUGAACUUGCUCCUGCACCUCUUGAUAGUGAUAUGCCACUUUUAGAUAGCUAAAUUUCCAAGAAGUGGACUCUACAUGUAUAUAUUCAUCAAAAUGAUGAACUAUUUAUUUUAAAGUAUUAUUUGGUACCUUUUUUGUAAAUUGCUUUCUUUUGUUGUUUAAUUGGAUACUGUGGAAUCAAAAGCACCUUUUGCUUUUCUCACUAACCACACACUCUUGCAAAGCUUUCAGAUGUUACUCAGCUAUGUAGGUACACAAGAUUUAAUGCACAUUAUUGGCAUAUCUUUAAGUUGGAUUCAGAUGGGCAUUUUUCUCCAGUUGUAGUAAAUUUGAAUUAUUUUUUAUAUAUAUAUAUAUAUAUGCCCAUUAACCCCAGUUAUUAAACUUUUGUUUGUUUUACUUGUUUGAUGCUGUCUGUCUGCAUUGAGUGUAGUUACUAAAAUUAAUGGUAGAACUACUAAAGCUUUCUCUGUUCCAAUUACUUUACUAAGUAUUUUUCACUUGGCUUAUUUCUAAAACUGGGAACAUAAAGUGCCUGUAUCUUGUAAAACUUCAUUUGUCUCUCCUGGUUCAGAAAAGUCCAUUCAUGUUCAACAGGAAAGGCAGAGUAUACAUACAUGAGUGCUUGCUGUCUGAUAUGGUUCCAGUUAUGUCUACAUAGAAGAAGGGGAUGGCAUCAGUCCAGUCUGCCUAGUUGGGCUAGUUUUAAGUACAAGUUUUUGGUUUGUUUUUUUGAACCAUAAUAUUUAGUAAAAUAAAUAUAAUGAAUGUUGCA